AUGGAUGCCAGUCUUGUCAAGCCAGGUCCACAUUCGAGGACUGUGUUUUAUAAUGAUCUUAGUGAUCAAGAAGCUGACAAAUGGGUGAAAAAGUUGCGUCCUCACGCGCUUUUGGCUUUCAUGACUCCUAUCCAGUACUCAGCAAAUGACCUUCAGUGUCCUCAUUGGUACUUGAUGUGCGAAAAGGACGAGGCUGUGAAGUCGGCGAGUCAGGAACGAAUGGUUGGAAUGGUGAAAUCGAUGAGGAUCGAGAAGUUGCCAACUGGGCAUUCGCCUAUGCUGAGCAAUCCAGAUGCGUUUGUGAAGAUUUUAGAUAAAGUUGCAACAUCAUAG